GAGUUUCUUUCUGAGGAAACAAAAACAAUAGAGUCCAAUUGUUCAGAAAUGAAAAUUCUCGGGGAACAAAGAAAGACGUUGUUUCUGCUAUGUUUUAUUGCAGUUUGUGGCGCAGUAGCCAAGGAAAAUAGAAAAGGAGGAAGGCCUAAUGGAGGAAAGUACCAUCGGGCAAUAUCUAAGACAAUCCAGACAGAAGAUGGUGACAUUUUUGAUUGCAUAGAUAUCAAAUCUCAGCCGGCACUCGACCAUCCACUUCUUAGAAACCAUUCAAUACAGAUGGAACCAAGCUCACAUCCUAUUGGACUCGAUGGCAACUCGAUACCUGAUACAACAUUAGAGUCUAGUAUCCAUUUGGUUUCGUGUCCCUUGGGAACAAUUCCAAUAUGGAGAAGUGAGCAGCACUAUCCUAUAGUUGACAUUAAGGAACUAACUCAACAAAUAUACACAAGGAAUAUUACUCGAAAUAAUAAGAAUAACACCGCUUCGUUGGCAGGUCUUAGCAGAGGCCAAGACAUCUAUGGAACUACCGUAUCAAUAAAUGUCUAUGACCCAGAAGUAUAUGGUACCCAAGAUAAAUCUGGAGGGCUUACAACUAUAAUAAGUGGUUAUUCUUUUGAUAGGGAGCAUACCAAUGCUGUUGGAGUCGGCUGGUUUGUUUGGCAAAGUAACGGAGGUGACAAGGCUGCUAGAUUUCAUAUUUUCUAUGACAAUGGACAAAAACAAUGCUUUGAUCUAAAAUGCCCUGGAUUUAUACAUACGAGUCCAAAUAUACCUUUAGGGGGGAAAUUAUCGCCAAUCUCGAAGUACGAUGGACCACAAGCUCAUAUGAACACGUUUGUUUAUCAGGAUACGAAUUCAAACUGGUGGGUAAAAUUCGGCAAGGAGAGCACUGUAGUCGGAUAUUGGCCAGGUGAACUCUUCGGUUACCUGAAAUCGAAGGGUACUGUUGGCUACUGGGGUGGUUUGGUUGAAGGUCCUACAAUUAAAUAUAAGCCACCACCCAUGGGUAGCGGACACCCUGCUUCAGAGGGAGAUGGUAAAGCAGCCUAUGUGAAGAACAUCAAAAUUGUGACAAGAGAUCACCAGCUCGUGACUCCAAUGUCUCGCGAGUUUGACGUGGCCGUAGAAAAUCCGAAGUGCUACUCGGUUGCUCACAAAUCAGACCAAGACGGUGGAGUACAUGCAAAUUGGGGUGGUUCUGGGGAUUGCACCCUUUGAAUGUAACAACGACAUCUGAAAUAAUAUGAAUAAGGUGUUUUUAUGCGAAAUAAUAUUAAUAAAGUGUUGUACAACGUGCUGCUUUCAUGUCA